AUGAAGACAAGCCUCCUGCUUGUGCUCCUCUGGGGGUUAUCCUGCGCUCUUCCCGUAGCCAGGUAUCAAAAUACGGACUCCAAGAGCUCUGAAGAAUGGAAGGGUCAGUUGGCUCAAACACCACCACCACCACCCUUGGAGAGCAGUGAGUCAUCAGAAGAAAGUAAAGUUAGCUCAGAGGAACAGGCAAAUGAAGAACCUACUGAGAGCACCGAAUCAGAGGAGAGCCUGGAAUCUGAUGAUCAUCAAUAUAUUUAUAGACCAGCUGAUGGCCUGUCUAGGAGUGGAGAAAAAGGAGAGGAUAAAGAUGAUGAAGAAGAUGACAGUGGAGAUGAUACUUUUGGUGAUGAUGACAAUGGCCUAGGCCCUGAAGAGGGACAUGAAGGAGGACACACCAGACUUGAAAGUGAUGAAAACUCUUCUGACACCACACAAUCCAGUGAAGACAGCAUCCCACAAGGGGAAGAAAGUGCUCACGAUACCACCAGUGAGAGCAAGGAGCUUGACAAUGAGGGUGAGAUGAAUCGUAGGGCUGAGGGAAAUGAUUCCACCCAUGACAGUGAGAGUGAGGAGCACUGGGUAGGAGGCAACAGUGAGGGAGACAGUAGCCAUGGGGAUGGCUCUGAGUUUGAUGAUGAAGGAAUGCAGAGUGAUGAUCCAGACAGCAUCAGGAGUGACAGGAAUAACUCUGGAAUGAACAAUGCCAGAAUCAAAUCAAAAGAAUCCAAAGAACACAGUGGCAAGCAAACAAAUAUUCAGGAUUCAAAUGACAGCCAAUUAGUGGAGUAUCCCACCAGGAAAUUUUUCAAGAAGUCCCGUAUUUCUGAAGAAGAUCACAGGAAUGAGCUUGAGGAUACAAACAUGAUGGAAGAAGUCAAGAGUGACUCCACAGAAAACAGCAGCUCCAAAGGAGUAGACCUCAGCCAAUCCCAGGAAAACAGUCAGAGUGACUCUCAAGAUAGCAAGGACAGUCAGUCUCAGGAAGACAGCCAAAAUGUACAAGACCUCAGUAGUGAAUCUAGUCAAGAGACUGACCUCUCCUCUCAAGAAAACAGUAGUGAAUCUCAGGAAGAGAUAAUGAGUGAGUCCAGAGGUGAUAACCCAGAUCAAAACACCACUAGCCAUUCAGAAGAAGACCAUGAAGACAGUGACUCCAGUGAGGAAAACAAUCUGAACAAGUCCUCCAGUUCAGAAAGUAAAUCCAGAGAGGAACAAACUGACAGUGACUCCAAUGAGAGCCUGAAAUCCUCAGAGGAAAGCCCAGAGUCCACUGAGGAUGAGAACAGUUCUAGCCAGGAGAGUCUCCAGUCUCAGAGUUCCUCCACAGAAAGCCAGAGUGAGGAAAGUCAAUCUGACCAGGACAGCCAGUCCUCAGAAGGUAACAGUGAUUCUCAGGACAGCAGUAGAUCAAAAGAAGACAGUAACUCUACUGAAAGCAAAUCAAGCAGCGAGGAAGAUGGCCAGUCCAAAAAUACUGACAUAGAAAGCAGAAAAUUAACAGUUGAUGCUUAUCACAACAAACCCAUUGGGGAUCAAGAUGACAAUGACUGCCAAGACGCCUAUUAG